AUGGCAGCUGGAGAGGACACCUUGCUGCUGUCCUUGAUUCUCACUGCUGGGGUCACAGCGCUGGUAGCUACUGGACAAAAAGCAGAGCAACCAGAAGUGGUGACCAAAUAUGGGAGAGUCCGAGGGUAUCAAUUCAAGGUCGAUGCAGCGGAGAGAAGUGUAAAUGUCUUCUUGGGACUUCCUUUUGCUAAGCCUCCCAUUGGACCACUGAGGUUUUCUGAACCCCAGCCACCUGAGACAUGGAAAGGUGUCAGAGACGCCACAUCCUACCCUCCCAUGUGUCUACAGGAUAAAGUACAAGGACAAGUUUUUUCGGACAGUAUUACUAAUAGAAAAGAAAAAGUUCUUCUCCAAGUGUCUGAAGAUUGCUUAUACCUAAAUGUGUAUACACCUGUUUCUACAGAAAAAAAGGAGAAGCUGCCUGUCUUUGUAUGGAUCCAUGGAGGUGGAUUAGUUUUUGGAGCAGCUUCAUCAUAUGAUGGCUCAGCACUGGCGGCCUUUGACAAUGUGGUGGUUGUAACAAUUCAGUACAGAUUAGGUAUUGCUGGAUAUUUUAGCACUGGUGAUCAGCAUGCCCGAGGUAACUGGGGGUAUUUAGAUCAAGUAGCAGCUCUUCAGUGGAUUCAGGAAAACAUCGUACAUUUUGGAGGAGAUCCAGGAUCUGUCACUAUUGCUGGAGAAUCUGCAGGAGGAGUCAGUGUUUCUGCUCUUGUCCUAUCUCCCCUGGCAAAGGGCUUGUUUCACAGGGCCAUUUCAGAGAGUGGUACUGCAGUCAGGGUUUUGUUCACUGACCAGCCUGAGGAGGAAGCACGCAGGAUUGCUGCUGCCUCUGGCUGUGAAAAAUCUAGUUCAGCUGCAAUAGUUGAAUGCUUAAGAGAAAAAACAGAAGAAGAGAUAGUAGAAAUAACACUAAAAAUGUCUUCCUUCUUCACCAGUGCAUCUGCAGAUGGUAUAUUUUUUCCAAAGAGUCCCAGACAAUUACUAUCUGAAAAAGUUAUCAGUGCAGUCCCAUAUAUGAUAGGAGUAAAUAACUGUGAAUUUGGAUGGACAAUUCCUACAAUGAUGAAAUUUCCUGCUUACACAGAUGGUCUGGAUAAAGAUGUUGCACAUCAAAUUUUACAGGGCUCCUUAGCAUUAUCACUUAAGGAUGUUACUUCUGAAGUUGUUGAUCAAGUAUACAAUGAAUACAUAGGGAAGGCAGAAAACCGUGCUCAGGUCCGAGAUGGCCUUCUCAGUGCAUUAGGAGACCAUUUGUUUGUUCUUUCAUCCAUUGAAGUGGCUAGAUACCAUAGAGAUGCUGGCAACCCUGUCUACUUUUAUGAAUUUCAACAUCGACCGAGUUCGGCGACAGGUGUUGUACCAGAGUUUGUAAAAGCAGAUCAUACAGAUGAGAUUGCCUUUGUCUUUGGAAAGCCAUUCUUAGCCGGGUAUGCUACAGAAGAAGAAAAUAAACUUAGCAGAACUGUUAUGAGAUACUGGACUAACUUUGCUAGAAAUGGAAAUCCCAACGGAGAAGGCUUGGUCCAUUGGCCUCAGUAUGAUCUGGAUGAAAGAUAUCUGGAAAUAGACCUAAUGCAAAAGGCAGCAAAGAAACUGAAAGAACGCAAAAUGGAGUUUUGGAUACAGCUCACAAAACAAAUGAUGAAUGAAAGGAGAGAACACACAGAUUUAUAAGAGUUGUGGAGGGUACAGUUUGCUUUUAAAACCCAAAGUCAAGUCACACAAAAUCAGUUUGUCAGGAUGCAGAGUUUAACAACCACCAUCUAACUCACUAUUAUGUAAUCUGUUGUCAUGAUCACAGUGAAAGGACUGACUCAAGGGAAAUUUGGAAUGUUUGUGGGACUAAAAAUCACUAUUUAAUGAAGGAAGCAGAAAACCCUACAAUCUUUCAGGCUCAAAAAGACCAUGGUACCUCCUCAGUGGAUAUCAAAACUGAAUAAUGCUCCUGUGAGAAGGGGGAAUGAGGGUGAAAUUGGCAAAAUGUAUUGAAAUCUGUAAGAAAUUAUCUAUACAGAAUAUAUCAUAAGUGUCAGGAUAUGUUAUAUGCAUAUUGCCCUCUUCUUUCAGAAGAGGAUGGUCACUUGUCAUUUUUACAGACUCUUUCCACGUUCUUUAAUUGAAAAUAGCUUGUAGGGAGAAGACCAUCCAUCAAAAACCAUUUGUGAAAUGGGCUUGACAUCUCACAAAUGAGGACAGAAAACCUCUACUUGUUUUCUUUUGUUAUAAACUGUUAUA